UCUCAAUCAAUUUUGAUAAGUCUGCCCCAACAUGGCCGACAGAUCCAAAACCGCCCUCGUACUAGUCGACCCCUACAACGACUUCCUGCACCCUGACGGCAAGCUCACCCCGUUGCUGAAAGACCUCGGGGAGAAAGAAACCAUCAAACACAUCGAGGAAGCCGUGGCUGCAGCCCGCCUGCAUCGCAUCCCAGUCUACUACGGACUACACCAGCACUGGACCCCAUCUGCCUUCCAGGAAUGGCGGCACAUGACACCCAACAACGUCAAGCAGGAGAAGAUCAAGUUCUUCGAAGCAGGCACGUUUGGUGCCGAGAUCUACCAAGGCUUGGAACCAGAUGCCAGCAAUGGGGACUGCGCUGUUGCUAAUGUGCAUCUACUGAGAAGCUCCUUCCAGAACACCGACCUGGACUUCCAGCUGCGCCAGCGCGAGAUAGUGAAUCUGGUGCUGGCCGGGCUGACGGCCAAUACUUGUCUGGAAGCUACUGCGCGGCAUGCUUUUGAGCUAGGCUAUAAUGUGACUCUACUCAAGGAUGCCACGGCCGGGUGGUCUAAGGAGCUGACGGACGCGGCGACCGAGUUGGUCUGGCCGUUGUUUGAGCAGGUGAAGUCUGUGGAAGGAUGGGUGGAAUCUUUGAAGGCAGAAGAAAAGGCUUAA